CAGGAGCUAGCACUGAAAUCAUGGCUGACGAACAAGUCAAGAGGAAACGUACCUUCAAGAAGUACACCUACAGAGGUAUCGAUCUUGACAAGCUUCUUGACAUGACCAGUGCCGAACUUACACAGCUUGUACAUUGCCGAGCUCGAAGGAGGUUCACCCGUGGUCUCAAGAGAAAGCCAAUGGCUCUCAUCAAGAAACUGAGGAAGGCAAAGAGGGUUUGCCCUGAUGGAGAGAAACCAGAGGCUGUCAGAACCCAUCUGAGGAACAUGAUCGUCACCCCAGAGAUGGUUGGAUCCGUCGUUGGAAUUUACAAUGGCAAGACCUUCAAUCAGGUUGAACUUAAAGCAGAGAUGAUUGGACAUUACUUGGGAGAGUUCUCUAUCACUUAUAAACCAGUUAAGCACGGUCGACCCGGAAUUGGUGCUACUCACUCUUCAAGAUUUAUCCCUCUGAAAUAAGUUAUUUAUCGUUUUUAUGAACCAAA